AUGAAUUCACCGCAACCAGAUUCCGAGUUUCAUUCGGAAGUAGAAUAUGCUUUUACUCCUAAUUUCUUGGAUCCUAAUAGAAUAAGAUCGCGACGAAAUACUUUUACUUAUGGUGAUUUCGGUACUUCUCAACUACCCCAUGUCUCUCUUUGCCCUUCUCCUACUGUUGGUUCUAGUUCUACUGACGCUCAUUCUGAGCUCGUUCCUUAUUCAAAAGAAUGGACUGUUAUACUGCGUAGUGAAAACGCUGGUCAACUCGUUCUUUACAAUACGACCAAUCGUCGCGUUUCAGUACGACGGUUACCUCAAAAUAAUUCCAUUCCAUCUAAUCAGGCUUUGUCUUCUCCUCAUAUGUGCGCUUUAUGUAGAAGGCCCCUUCUUUCAACUACUACGGCUUCAAGCUCAGAUUUUAUGCAUAGAAAUUACUUUCGAUUAUUAGAGAAUUCUGAAAGCUCAUUUAAUCAAGGUUAUUAUGAAAGGUUUUUUAUUGAAGAAAGAAAAUUGGGUAGAGGUUCUCGUGGUUCGGUAUUCUUAUGCAAGCAUGUAUUGGACAAUGUUCAUCUUGGUGAAUAUGCUAUCAAAAAAGUAGCUGUAGGAGAUAAUCAUGCAUGGCUGGUUAGAAUGUUGAGAGAAGUUCAUUUAUUGGAAAGAUUACAUCAUCCAAAUAUUGUGGAUUACAAACAUGCUUGGUUAGAGCAUCAUCAGUUGACAACUUUUGGCCCACCAGUUCCAUGUUUAUUCAUACUAAUGGAACGUGCUAAUGGUGGCAAUUUGGAAGAAUUCAUUGAUAUUCAACCAUCCACUUUUUCCAUGCAAAAAGAUUCUAAUGAUCAUCAUCUUACACCAAAAGAACGUUUACUUCGUGCGAGAAUGUUUCAUCCAAGUCAUUUAAAUGAUCAACCAACCCUCAACUCUCCUUUACCUUCAAAACGAUCUUUGAACCUUCGUGAAAUUUGUUCUUUAUUUAUGGAUAUUUGUGAAGGUUUAGCUCAUUUACAUGGACAGGGUAUUAUCCAUCGAGAUUUAAAACCUUCUAAUUUACUAUUACAAUAUGAUAAUUCGGAAGAUUUGACUGGAAUGUUC